AUGGAUGACUCCACAAAACAGAUUGUUGGGUUUGAGUUGAUGCAGGUGUCUCAGGCCUCAAGUUCUAUCGCAAUGGAACCAUUGUGCUUCAAGAAAGCCCUGGAAGAGAUCCUGAAUGAGGGCAUAGACGUAAAAGUGGUCACCACAGACCGGCAUCCAUCAAUACGCAAAAUAAUGAGAGAGGAAUAUCCUAAUAUAAUACAUCAGUUUGAUCCCUGGCAUGUGGCCAAAGGAUUUAAAAAGAAAUUGAUAGCGGCAUCCAAAAGGAGGGAUUGCAGUGAUCUUGCUCCUUGGGUCCGGAGUGUCAGCAACCACAUGUGGUGGAGCUGUUGCACCUCCAAAGGAGAUGAAAAGGAGCUGCUCAGACGAUGGAUGUCUCUCCAACACCAUAUCACUGGGGUCCAUCGCUGGGAAGAGAAUGGCACGGAAUACAAAUGUUUCCACCAAGAUUUGUCUGCACAGGAACAGAGAACUAAGAGGUGGCUAAAAGUGAAUUCCCCUUCCUUCCAAGCCCUGAAGUCAAUGAUGAUGGACACACGUUUGCUGAAAGACCUACAACAGAUGACACUAUUCAAACAUACAGGACAACUUGAGGUGUUUCACAAUGCUCUAUUGAAAUCGGGAACAAGCAACAACAGCAGCUGGCCAUCCAAGAACUAA